UGUGACUCUAUAUAUACACACGCACACCACCUCACAUUUCAUGAUCAACAGCCAUGAAGUUCAUCCACAUUUGCCUCUCUCUCUUCAUUCUCCUCUCCAUCUUCACCAUCUGUAGAUCUGAUGAUGCUGAUUGUGUGUACACGGUGUUCGUGAGGACCGGAUCAAUCAUAAAAGCCGAGACUGAUUCCAAUAUUACCUUGACUCUCUAUGAUGCGAAUGGACAUGGGAUCCGGAUAAAAAAUCUCGAGGCAUGGGGUGGGCUUAUGGGCCCGGGCUACAACUAUUUUGAGAGAGGGAAUUUGGACAUCUUUAGUGGGAGGGGCCCAUGUUUGACCGGGCCCGUUUGUGCAAUGAACUUGACUUCUGACGGGACCGGCCCGCACCACGGGUGGUAUUGUAACUACGUGGAGGUGACGACGACUGGGGCCCACCAGCAAUGUGCCCAAAAACUAUUCACGAUCGAGCAAUGGUUGGCUAUGGAUACAAAACCUUAUGAGCUCACAGCGGUGAGGAACUCUUGUUCGUCGGAUGAGAAGAAACAUGUGAUUGAUAAUCAUGAUUCAUAUAUGCUUUCUAUUAUGUAAGAGUCGUUUCAGCUUUGAUGGGCUUUUUCGUUUUGUUCCCUCCUCUACGAUGUAAGUGAGGGUUGUAAUAUGUUUCUUAAUAAUGUGCCCUUUGGAUAUUUUGUGCAAAGGAGGGACCACUGAAA